AAAUGCGGAGGUUCCCCAAACUACUUUUCCAAAACAAUUUUCAAUGGUAAAAAAAGCAAAGCAAAAACGUUCGUUGUACAAGAGUUUUUUAUUGUGGCCAGACACGGUUCAGUGUUUACGUGGUGUUUACGUUAGGUCACCUUUCCAUACUAACUGGGUGCUCAUGAAAAAGGUUCAUCGCUAUUUUCAUCGUGUAGUCAACGGAUUUUAGUCUGUUGUUAUAAACACGAGGCUUUAACAUCCAUGUGAAAUUGGACGAAAAAUCAUCGUGAACGAAAAUGAAAUCAACGGAACUUCCAGAAGGUUGGAUUGUCCAAACUUCCAAGUCUCUUCCUAAUCGUGUGUAUUACUUCAAUACAAAAACUAACAAGGCUUCGUGGGAAAUUCCGAUCGUAGAAACACAAAAUGCCGGAUCAUCAGGGCCUGAGACAAAGGGAAAGAAGAGGAAGCCAGAAAAUCCAGAUGCCAGGCUCAGAGCAUAUACGCCAGAGCUGGAAGUUCCUGAGGAAACCACACAAGGAGAGCGUAAAACAUUAAAAGCAAAGAGAUUGCUGAAAACGGCUGAAUGCAAAAAAGACGUUGCAAGUAAUAGCGACCCGGUGAAAACAAACGACACUCCGCAAAUGCAAAUGUUGAGAGCAAAGAUAUUAGAGAGAGAGGCAAAGGGAAAUGCGCCCAGAAGGUCGAAGAUUAUUCAAUCUACCGAGCCUGUUGAAAAAGAGGCGGCGACUGUUCCACAGGAAAAAGCUGCAACGAGUUCUACCACAGCCCUGGAGGCUCAAAGCAUGACUCCGCAAAUGAGAGUAAUUCUGGAAAAAAUUAAGGAAAAACAAAUAAAGAGUGUGUCGUCAAAACCAUCCUCCAGAAAAUCUAUGGCACCUUUGUCAAAACGGAUACCCCCGAGACGUCCGAGGACAAGAUCAACCGGUGCAGCAGAGACAGUUCCAGUUACAAAAGCAGAACUUGCGCUCCAGAGCCGGAGAAGCACAAGAUCUUUGGCUACGGAGGCAGUGACGCACGAACCUCCUCAAAGGACACGCGCUGCGACUACUGAUGGUCAAGAAACAAAUGAAGCUAACAAAGACAGGGCUCCAGUUAUACCGAAAAUACCACGUUUGGGUCGAACUGCGAAGAAAAAUUUGGCUCAGGAGCGUCUGGAAAAACUGCAAAAAAAUUUAACCGCCGAACAAAGUGACCAACUGGAUGGUGGCUCAGCUACGAAUUCACAGAAUUCUGCUGAGUCCUCUACAAAUUCAUCUCUUCCAGAUAUUGACACAGGCGCCAGAGCUAAAUUACUGCGUGAACGUAUCAAAAAAAAAAUCGCGUACGAUAAAAAAAUUGAUUCCACUCUUCGCAGUGCCUCCAGAAUUGAAGACAUUGAUGAAGAACCAGUGGAUGUUGUUCCUGUGGAUCCAUUUUACGAAGAAAUGGACUGGCAGCCCAUAGAGGAUGAGAAAAUAAUGAAAGAAAUUGAAGUCGUCAGAACGCAUAUCGGCACUAUCAACGACUCGGCGAACUCCAUGGAAAUUCCGGUCAAUUCUCUGGAUCUUCCUGACGGCCCUUCCCGAGAGGAGCGCAAACCGUCUCUGUACAUUGUCAUCGACACAAACGUUUUUCUCUCGAAUCUUGCGGCCGUGGAAGAGGCUCGUGAUGCAAUUUUUAGAAAUUACGGACGUCCUCUGAUCGUUAUACCUUGGACGGUGAUUCGAGAACUCGACUUUAUAAAGGACGACAAAUCGAUGUCUCGUCCCGACUGUCUCCGAGCCAAAGCUCGUCAAGCUGUUCGGUUUCUUCAUCAACAUUUCUCCGCGAAACAUCCACGAAUUUUGGGUCAAACUCCUUUGGAUGUUUCCAACAACAAGGAAAGAUUCAUGCAUGACUGUCCUGACGACGAAAUCCUGCAGACUUGCUUGCAGAUUCGCUCCACCGCAAAUAACGUUGUGCUCUUGUCUUACGACAAAAACCUUUGCAACAAAGCCAUGAUUCAUGAUAUCGUCACUCUCGGACGCCAAGAUCCUCUCGAAAAAGUGGACUUUCUUCAUGCCAGUGAUUUAAACAAUGACUCUUUUCUUACUCUCCAUCUACGAGGCGAUCAACAAAACCCUGAACUCGUUCCCAUAUACGUUAAGGAGUUGAGAAAAGCCGAAGAACUCAUGGAAGCCGCUAAAGAUAUUGUUUCCUCGUUUAUGACAGUCAUCGUUGCUAAAGAAAUGCAAAACUUGUACAACGACACGUGGGAAAAAUACGUUUUUAUCAAACCCCCAUGGUCCGUAUACGGAGUUCUCAGAUGUGCUAUAAAACACUGGAUCGCUGCAGUGAGUGAUUCUUUUACCAAAAAAGCAGAAAAUUUGUUGAAAGAACUUUUGGAAGCCUUCAACAAUAUUCCAGAUUCUGGAAGAAAGCUCUCGGACAUUAGUCACAUUUUGGAGAUAAUCAACGACGUUUUGCAGUGCAUAAAAUACGAAAAAUAUCCAAACCUCGUGUCGCAAUCAACACAGGCAAUUUCUGAGUUGAGAACUGAUUGCGCUGAAACGAGUAAAAAACUUUACGAAGAGAAAAUGAAUGAUGAUUGGAGAGCGAAGAACGCCGAAAGAGAGGAAGAAGCUCAUGCAAAAAUAGCCUUCGAACAGUUCGAAGCAGUUUAUGAAUUUGCGCGUGAUAUGUGUGGCUUGGCAUCGAGCUCGAUCGGAAUGCCGUGUUCCUUUCCAUUCAAAAAGUUGGAUCCUGAACCAACAGCCGAGGAAAUCAAAGAGAUGCAGCCCGAAGUGGUCGCGAAUCUCAAUCGUUUGUUGCAAGUUCUCGGCACAGCAUUGGAAGAAAUCCAUGGAUUGCACGUUGAUCAUCGAGCUGUCGAGGCGCUUUAUCACGCGCUUGUCAACUUCAUGCCCGAACGAAAGGGCCAUUUACCACAAAAACUCGAACUUUUUGACAUCUUUUGUUGCGUAAAAAGAAAAGAACAAGUUCUUCGUUUAGGUUUAACCCAAUUGCAAGACUUGAGUAGCCAUUUUUGUCGUAUGGCUAGUUAUCGAUGUACGUAACAUUGACAAUUGCAACGUCGGGGUAACGGAGACUAAGACCUGAAAAUUUCGAACGGAAAUAUUGAAGAAAAAACAUUAACCUUUGAUCUAAUGUUGAAACAGCGGUUUAGAUGCCUUUAAAGGUAAAAAAACGCACCGAAAAUCUAUAAUAUUUGAAUUAUUGAUAAAAAUAUUUUUUGAAUAAAUUUUUGAUACUAUAUUAAUAUAUUUAACGGUUGAACACGAUCAACGAUCGAACCUUGGGUACUGCUCUCAACUCUGUUGACAAGCUGUAUGAUAUAUUUAUUGUUAUUUAAUUAUAACAUUAAAAUUCACGUGAUAGAGGAAAAAUACUGGGCGAGGUCUGAUAAAAAGGAGUCUAAGAACAGUAGUAACGAUUAAGUUUAUUCUGUACAGCCCCUUAAAAUAAAGAGAAACACACAGCCGUCA